CAUAUGAUUGCAUAUGUUGUGCGCAAAUAAUGUGUUGACACUAAAGGUUAGGAUUGUAUGCCAAUUGUUGAACAAUGUUUAGUAUAGAAGUGUAUGUAUUUGUGAUAUUAGUUGAAAUGGCGGACAGAGUUUAAAGUGUUUGAAGUGUUGUUCAAAACAUUUGAUUUACAUUUCAAUCGAUUGAUUGCAUUACACAUCGGAUCCAACAGUGAUGUCGACAAUCAAUGAGACAAUGAGUCCAUCCAAACGAUUAGGUCAUCCGAUGAGAGCUCGUAAACGAAACCGAUUGAUCUAUAAUGAAGACGAAGAGACACAGUUUACGGUCCGGUCGCCAACUUUCGGUCAGCUCGCGGCCCGAAAGAGUCAACGGUUGGCAUCUGUGGGCACUUGUGAUCAAUUGGGACAAUCAGUUCGCGGACCACAAUCUAUUGUAUUAGAUAAGAAAGUGGCACAAAAGGUUGGCCUCCGGUUGCGGACACUAUUGAAGUUACCGAAGGCUCACAAAUGGGUUUGCUUUGAGUGGUUUUACGCCAACAUUGAUCAGCCAUUGUUUUUAGGACAAAAUGAUUUCUGCAUUUGUCUUAAAGACACGUUUCCACACCUCAAGACACGGCAAUUAUCUCGCGUUCAAUGGUGUAAAAUCCGCCGACUUAUGGGUAAACCGCGUCGAUGUUCGGCCGCUUUCUUUACCGAAGAACGCGCUUCACUGAACGCUAAGCGCAAUAAAAUAAGACAUCUUCAGCAACAAAAAGUGGUUGAUUUUAGUCAAUAUAAAGAGUUACCGGAGAACAUACCUCUAUCGCUGGUUAUCGGCACAAAAGUAACCGGACUGUUACGUAAACCUCAAGACGGUUUGUUUACCGGUGCUAUUGACGCAGUGGACACCACUAAUGGUACCUAUAGAUUGACAUUUGAUCGCUCCGGUAUUGGCACUCAUUCACUACCCGAUUAUGAAGUUCUCAGUAACGAUACGCCUGAGUUUAUACCAUUGAAUUCAUUUCAAACUAAAAUCAGGCCACGAAUGCCGAUGUUUACGUCUCCCAGAUUUCUUGAAAUUUUAGGCAAUCAGGUGGCACAGGCUUUGGGUGAUAACGAUCCUCUCUUAGCCGGUCCGUCGCCACCGAAAACCGGAACCGUUAGCAGCAGUGGAAAUAUACAAGAAGAGGGAACUUUGGGUGGCUUUCCCAUCAAGUUUUUGGCACUUUUGGUGCGUUUGUCUAAAAUACUUCAGUACAAGAAGAAAAAGAUAACCGAAUUGAAGUCAAUGAAUACAGAAGCAGAGAAAAGUCGAUCACUUCAGGAAAAAUUGUCGCAUGACUUCCAGAAACAUUACGCGCAAACUAUUCUUGAAUUAGAAAAAUUGAAUACAGAUUUGAACGACUAUUUAAAAGCCGUCCAACAGUAUAGUGCAGAAAUAGCACCGGAACAGGGAUUGGUACCCAUAACACAACCCGAUGUCGUGAAACAAAAAUAUUUGGUUGAAUCAAAAGAGUUAGCGGAAAGAAAUUUAGCCAAUUGUACCGUAAAGAGUGAGCCAACCAUUGACUUGAUUUCCCAUUUGUUAUCACUAAUGCUACACCUCAGGGGUUUUGCCGACUCUGAGGUUAGCGCUUAUGAACUCAAAUCACUUUCCGAUACUUUAUCUGACAUAAAGAAGAUGAUCGAUAAGUCAAAUGUUGAUCAAUACGAAAAUGAAGUGGAAAUUCAUGUGAACCACAUUCAGACCAGUUUAAGCCAUUUGGGAAAUUUGGGCGCUUUUUCUGAAUCUAUGUUAGAACCGUUAUGAUUAGUAGGCCAACCCAUUGUCAAAACACAACGAUUCCAUCAAUACUGCAAUUAUUUUUAACGACAUUAUUGUUCAUAUAAACUGACAUUUCUAUUAUUAAAGGUUUAUAAGAUUGCAUGUAAUAUUACUAUCAAUUGAUUAUAUUAUGUAAUUGCAAUAUAUACACAAACAAAUAUAU